AUGGCUCUCGCUCGAUUAGCCCAGACCUAUCGAUCGUGUCUUUUUCAGAUCAUCAUUGUUGGGAUUGUGGCAUUUUGUGAGCCGGGAAUUUGGACGGCACUGAACAAUCUUGGGGCUGGCGGAAACGCAUCCCCUCUCUUGAACAAUGCCGCCAACUCCCUCACAUACGGACUCAUGUCUGUCGGGUGUUUCAUAGCAGGAGGCAUAACGAACAAGAUUACAGCCAAAUGGACCCUAUGCAUCGGCGCGGCAUUCUACACUCCCUAUGCGGCAGGGCUCUACUGCAACAAUCGCUAUGGAAAUGAAUGGUUCUUGCUGCUUGGUGCUGGACUUUGCGGCAUUGGGGCUUCGCUCUUGUGGGCAAGUGAGGCAGCCAUUGCCGUUGGAUACCCCGAAGCGGAGAAGAGAGGCCGCUAUGUCGGAAUCUGGAUGGGUAUUCGACAAAUGGGACCCCUCGUUGGCGGCGCGAUUUCCCUGGCUUUGAACAUCAAGACGGCGGAAAAGGGCAAGGUUACCUACACAACAUAUCUCGGCUUAGUUACCAUUUCAUCGUUAGGAGCACCAGCUGCUUUGCUCCUAUCACAACCUCAGAAAGUCAUUAGAACCGAUGGUACAAAGAUUCCAUACAUGAAGCAGACCAACUUCGGAAUCGAAGCUAGGGCCAUUUGGAAACAACUGAAGAACAAGUACAUGUUACUGCUCAUUCCCGUUUUCUUGGCCGGCCAGUUCGGAACAACCUACCAGGGAAAUUAUCUGACAACCUACUUUACUGUCCGGUCCAGAGCGCUGGCAUCGUUCCUCACGGCCAUUGUCGGUGCCGCCGCAAAUAUUACCACCGGCGCAAUUCUUGACGUCAAACGUUUUGAACGGUCGGCCAAAUCCAAGGUCGUCUACAUCAUUAUUCUGGUAUUCAUUACUACUGCAUGGAUCUGGAAUGCCAUCAUUGAGACACGCCUAUCCCGCAUGACCGAUCCACCAUCUUUCGACCUGGGCGAUGGUCCAUUCUUCAACUCUGCGUUUACAGUCUACAUGUUCUUCAAGUUCUUUUACGAGAUGCUGCAGACAUAUAUCUACUGGCUGAUGGCCGAGAUCAAGGGCGCCCAGGGUGAUGGUGAUAUUGCGCGCACCACGGGAAUCUUGCGAUCUUGGGAAUCUAUAGGCAGUACGAUUGCUUACGCUGUGGGAGCGACACACUGGCCCAACAAGAACCAGAUGAUUUUGGGAUUCUCUCUUUGGGCUGUUACAAUUCCUUUCACCCUACUUGCUGUUUUCGGUAACUGGAACCAAGGUGGGGAGGGGACUUUGGAGAACUCGGAUGAGACUGAGAGUGAUCUUGGUGUCGAGAGAAUUGCGGUUCAGAGCAAGGGGGACCAAGUAUGA